AUGUCGACUUCGUCUGAAGGCCUCUCGACGUGUAGUGACGGCGAUGACAGAAAUAAACUGAUAGAUAUGAUUACACAGACCGUGACGUCCGUUUGUGAUGUCGCGGCUAUUUCAGUUGGUAGGCGCCCCCGCACAGCACGUGGUCUACGUCGUCGUAAAGACGACGGCGAAGAGGAUAAAAAAAAUAUCCGGUCGCAUACAGUUUAA